UGGUUGUACCAAUUUACUUUCCCACCAACAGUGUAGGAGGUUCCCUUUUCUCCACACCCUCUCCAGCAUUUUAUUAAUGAUGGCCAUCAGGAAAUGUUCUUUUAUUAUCAUAUUUCCUUGUUCAAAAAGAUUUAUUCAGGACUCUCAGCCUCAAAGAGGUGUGUUGCAUGUGGCCGUGAUGCUCUCCCACUUCACAGAAGGGAGGCUCAGCAGAACAAGCCUCGGGGAUCCGGGAAUCACAGGUUUAGAUGCCUUCACUGCCCAGGAGCCGGGUGAUAAGGACGCAUCCAUCAGGAGCAGAGAGUCACAGUUCUGGUCUGGGCUUUCAAAGAAGGGCCUGCUGGUCUCGGAGGGUCUCCUGGGGAGGUGGAGGGUGGCUGUAGCUCUCUCAGGUCACAAAGGCUGGCAGACGAUGCAGCCGACACAGCCCACGCGAACUCUGACUGGAGGCAGACAUCCUGGGUCCCUGACUCCACCCAACAGCCUGUUUUCUACUUUUUUUUUUUUUCAUCUUCAGAUAUUUUAAUUUCACAAUAUUCAAUCCCUCAUGAAUAUUUUGUGGUGACCUCUGUUCAACUGUUUUCUACUUUAACGGGAGAGAAAAGUGAGGAGCAGUGAUUGCCACCAUGGAAAUCUCCCUUCGUAGCAUCUCCUUAGGCCAGGCUUCUCUGAGGAAGAGCUGCAGGUCCCUCCUCAGGGAUACAGGAAAACCAGUGAUGACUUUCCCAGAGUGGAAGAGUGACAGAGGCAUGGAGACAGCCCUCUAGCUUCUGUGUCCAGCCCUUGCCUGAUCUGUCUAGGGCGGCCGGAAGGAGACGGCUCCCAGACCCUAGGGAGCCUGCUGUGCAAUUUGACUAAUCAUCUGCUCGGGGCCCCUGAGGCUCCCCAAGACUGUUCACCUGCUGCUCUGUGCACCAACAGCCUCCAGCCCAGCUGCUGGGGUUGCAUCACCUGCCGCUAAAACAGCCCUGGCAGCCAAAAGGCAACAGAAGGAAUCUAAGACCCAGGGACCUAGGGAGCCUCUUUCAUAUCCCUGCUGCCUUUGGGAGCAGGGUGCUUCUGUCCACAGGGAACACCCUUUGCAUUUUCCCCCCUUGACUCUGCUGAUCUGCUCCCACCCCCCCGGGAUACCUGUGCCCUUCCCUCCCCAGAGAUAUACACACACCCCCUCGCCCUGCCCACUCUGCUGCUCCCUCCCACUUACUCCCACUCACUACUGCUCUAAUAAGGCAGUGUAGUCCAGGGAGUUUCCCGGGUUGGGACCCCUCCUCUGGGGUGCAGGCUGGGGUGCCCUCCUGGUAUGUGGCCCAACAGGUUUUUCUCUAUCAGCCUCCAAAUCAGCCUGGAGCUUGUCUGACCUGCCCCCCAGGGAGCUGGAGUCAGAGGCAGAGCCAGGUCAGAAGCUGGACUUAGAGACUCGGCUUCUGUGGUCCCACCUGGCCCCGCACGGAAAGCAAUGCACAAAAGGCUCCUGUGUCCAGGGCUGAGCUGCUGAGAGGCCAGCAGAGUUCUCUCAGAGGGGUUGAGGCCCAGUUCCUGAGAGGAGAGCUGUGGGAAGGGAGGUGUUUGCACACGGGACCCGGUACAGCCUGGUCCUCUCCCACACUUGGGAGGGGCCAGAACCUGAGAGGACAGCCUGGCUGGUCUGCUGGAGAGGUCAUCUGACUGGUAUUCAGCUUGGGCUGCACACGCCCCCCUCUCUGACACCAGGCCACACAGGAGCUGGUGCCCACAUCAGGCACACCGCGCCCCCAGCACCUCUGGGCACCCAUGGACCCACAAGAACACAUAAUCACAUCUGCACAGAGACUGCACCUACUGACCUAAACAUCCCAGCCAGAGACCCUGAGGGUGAAAGGCAGACAGCCCUGUGGGCAGGUGGCCGGCCUUACUUGUAGGCUGGGCUGAGGUGGGGGAAGGGGCUGUUAUCUCCCAUCCCACAUACUUAGUCUUGCCACCUCGCCUCACCUCCCCAACAACACAGCGCCAGGAGCACCCAGCCAGGCCAUACAAGGAAGGGACGUGGACCUCAGAAAGGGGUCAUCCACCUUAGACCGACAGUUGGGGAGCCUUGGGAUCCACCCUAGAGUCCGGGAGGGUUUGUUUGGUCCUAGUUCUAGCAGCAUCCCUGAUCAAGCCUUGCUUCCUAAAGGACGGGCAGCCAGACGCACCAUGUCUGUGACCAGUGGGAAGACAGGAGCGUCCCUGACUGAAGAGAUCCUCAACCACCUGGGCCUUGCUGACAAGACUGCAGCUUGGGGAACCCUGGGCACCCUCGGCACCCUCAGGACCUUUCUGAGCUUCAGCGUGGACAAGGAUGUGCAGAGGCUGCUGAGGGCCAUUGCAGGCCAAGGUGUGGACCACAAUGCCAUCGUGGACGUGCUGACCAAUCGGAGCAGAGAGCAAAGGCAGCUCAUCUCUCGAGCCUUCCAGGAGCGCACCCAGCAGGAUCUGCUGAAGUCCCUGCAGGCAGCGCUCUCUGGCAACCUCGAGAGGAUUGUGGUGGCUCUGCUGCACCCAGCAGCCCAUCUCGAUGCCCGGGAGUUGAGGACAGCCUUGAAGGUACCAGGAGAGGAGGACUCAGGUUCUGCUGAAGAUGUGGCCAUGGAAAUCCUUGCCACCCGAACCCCGCCUCAGCUGCAGGAGUGCCUGGCAGUCUACAGACAUGAUUUCAAGGUGGAGGCUGAAGAGGACAUCAAAUGUGCAACCAAGGGCAUCUUGCGGGACCUGCUCCUGGCCCUGGCCAAGGGGGGCCGUGAGAGCUACGCUGGAAUCAUUGACUAUAACCUAGCAGAACAGGAUGUCCAGGCACUAAAACGGGCCGAAGGACCCAGCACGGAGCAGACAUGGGUCUUUAUCCUCACCCAGCGAAAUCCUGAACACCUGGUCCGAGUGCUGCACCAGUACCAGCGGAGUACGGGGCAUGAGCUGGAGAAGACCAUCCGGGACCGUUUCCACGGAGCUGCCCAGGUGGCUCUGCUCAGCCUAGCCUCGGUGAUCCUGAACGCAGCGCUCUACUUUGCUGAUAAACUUCAUCAAGCCCUCCAGGAAACUGAGCCCAAUUACCAAGUCCUGAUGCGCAUCCUUAUUUCUCGAAGUGAGACUGAUCUUCUGAGUAUCCGAGCUGAGUUCAAAAAGAAAUUUGGGAAGUCCCUCUACUCUUCCCUCCAGGUGAGACUUGCCUGGUUCUUAACCUGGAUCCCCAGAGCUUCACCUGUUACCUCCACCCUACACACAGCUGAGCAUAUUCAUGCCCUGGAGAACUCAUGAAUCUUUGAUUAAUUUAGUACAAGAUUCCAGGCACCGAACAAGCUCUGGACCAGUACAAGGGAGAGGAUGCAGUACCUGAGCCAUGCGGUAGUGGGUCUUUCUAACACUUGACUUUCUGGUCUGCAGGACACAGUGAAAGGGGACUGCCGAUCAGCCCUACUAGCUCUGUGCAGGGCGGAAGACCUUUGAGACGUCUCUGCCCCAUCUGCACAUGGCAUUCAAGGGUCUGAGAUUCCCAAGUUUGGCUGAGGCUGCAGGAGACCAACUGGACCUCUAAAUAAGAUAACCCUUCACUGAGCACCCCACGUUCCAGCUUCUCGUGGAGGCUGGAACUUGAUGUUUCUUUUACAUCUCAAUUGCCUUCAUCUCAAAUUGAUGUGUACACCUGGGUCCUCCCGUUCUGUCUUGGGUGCGGGAUAAUGGGCUCUCUUUGACAGUUUCUGCCCUACUCAUCCUUCUUUAUCCUGGUUAGAACAUCUCACUGAUGCUUGAAUUCUUUUGGCAAACUUCACUGUCAUCUGUGUUCCCUGACUGAAGUUUGGGUGGAGCGGGACAGGGCUGGAAGCAGGCCUUGAAGUUGGAGAUGCCUUUGAUGUGCACUUGGAUAUUCAACAGGAAUCCCGUCUGAGACUUGAGACUGCAGUUAUCAACAACCACCUUCCCUUCCGUGUCUCUUCUCAGCUCCAUUAUUUUCUCUUUCCCAGGAAAUUUCAGGCAAAAUAACUGAGAACCAGGAACAACAACGAGGUCAGAAAUGGCUAGAGGUAGCAAAAGACCAUCUGUAGGACCUGAGAAGCAAGCAGAGAAUCAAGCCAUCCCUCCCCUGCCUGGAAAGAUUUGGGUUAGCAGGAUGCACAAUCCCCAAAUUCAUCUGUCCAAAAUGGGGACUUGGAAACCCACCUCCCCACUUACAGUACUAUUUCCAAAAGAAGAUUUAGCAAACAUAGAGAAACAAGGAGUUCCCAUCAUGGCUCAAUGGGUUAAGAGCCCGACUAGUGUCUAUGAAGAUGUAGGUUUGAUCCCUGGCCUCGCUCAGUGGGUUAAGGAUCUGACAUGGGUGUGAGCUGCAGUGUGGGUCACAGACGAGGCUCGGAUUUGGCAUUGCCGUGGCUGUGGUGUAGGCCUGCGGCUGCGGCUCCAAUUCAAUGCUUAGCCUGGGAACUUGCAUGUGCCUCAAAUGUGACCCUAAAAAGAAAAAAAGAAACACAAAAACAAAAAAAGGAAAAAGCAGGCUUUGGUUCCCCCUGCUGGCUCUACUAGCAAUGACAGGCCACCCUCUCUGGCCUCUUUUCCCGUCCCCUCCCCUUUUGCAUUCCUCAACUGGGUCAAAUACCUAACCCCAUAGCUGUAGGGUAAGGCAAACAACAGAUCUCAGGAAAGAAGUUUUAUUUCCAAACUCCUAGGAAGGCAUUACAAAUAAUGCAGUUAGAAACUGAACUCAAACCCUGAAACAGAUACAGAGGGGCCUGCAGGAGAGCCAGGAUGACCCAGCCAGUCAGGGGUGGGAAGUAAGGGAGAUGUGUGGAGACAGAGACUUCACCCUGGAGCCUGAGUGUAUAUUCACGUGACUGUGUUGGGCAAAGGGAACUGGGAAUCAGAAAUCCUUACCCCACCAACCCCAGUGUGGCCCUGGAUGGUUGAGAGGAGUCAGCAUGUGAAGGCAAGGAUAUCACUAAAUCUGACCUUGGCAUUUACUGCCUGGUAAAUCCCCAACAUUCCAUAAAUAAGUUACCCUGCAUAUCUCAAGCUGAGCUAGAGAAGCGAGCGAAAUAGCCCCAGUCCUUGAACGCGGAGGCAAGGCAGCCUGGCACUGAGUGGGGCUACAGGAGGACACAGUCAGACUCUUGCUUCGGCCUUUGCCGACGCUCGGCAGCUGGGCGUCCAGACGUGGCUCCUCUUCCCUGUAUCAGAUUUAACCAUCAGUCAUCCAGCAACCAUAGAAAAGCACAGAACAAAGAUUCUAGAUGGAAGCAGGGUCAUCAGGAUCAGGAGGGGCAGUGGGGAGAGAGACAGGAAGGGACCCAGGGAAGAGGGACAGAGAAGGGCCCAGAGGGAAACCGUGAAGAGAUGAUAGCAGGAAUAACAAGUAUCUGGACCAGGGGGAGCAGGGGUGGCACACGAGGGGCAGCGCCAAGGGCAGGGCGCAGCUGGCCCACCUGCAGCGAUGGGGCCGGUGCUGGAACAGGCUGGGCUGCUUGGUGCUGUUGGUACUCCUCUUGCUGAAGUUGCUGGGCCAGCUCCAGGUCGCUAAGACCCGAUGUGCCUUGAGGUGGCGGCUGCUGCUGCUGCAGGGACAAGGCAAUCAGGUAGUCCUAGAGAGAAGGGACAGAGCAAGAGUUGUGAGGUAGCCUGGGGUGGGGGGGUAGCCAGGCUAGCUUUAGGUUUCCACACCAGCAUUUCCUGAAGCUUCCAAUGCUCCAGCUCCCUCUUCAGAGCAAAACACACAGUCAAGUGUAGAGAGGGUCUGAAGAUAAGAGAGAGAAGAGGGGCAUGGGAGUCAUAUGUUCCAGGCUCUAGAUGAUGAGGUGCAGGCAGCUCGCCUAUGGCAAAAAGCUCUCUGAGGUGAACGGACAUGUGCUCUGCACCCUCCUCAGAGGUCCCCUCAUACCUGGUCCACCUGCCGCUGAUUUUCUGGGGAGCCACGCCCACCUUCUGCUCCAGGGCCCUUGCCCAGGGAAUGACUUAGGUGAAAGUCAGAGUCACAAAAGCAGCUGUCUCCAUCCACGUUGUGCAGGCUCUCCCACACCACUUGCUCUUCCUGUAGAAAGCCCUGGUCAGUGACCAGUAGGUACAAGUGACUCUGCAAAGAAGAGGACAAAGUUCCUUGGUGGGACAAGUGACAGAGACAGCUUAUGGCCAGAAUUCAUCAGAGAUGCACAGAGAUCAUUUGAAUCAAUCGGUUUGUUAGCUGGAACACGUCAGUGUGAGCACGUGGAUCUUUUUUUUCCUCUUGGCCAUACCCACAGUAUGCGCAAGUUCCCAGGCCAGGGGUCGAACCUGUGCCAUGGCAGCAACCGGAGCUGCUGCAGUUACAACGCCAGAUUCUUAACCUGCUGUGCCACAAGAGAACUCCACAUUGGAUCUUUUAUUAAAUAUGUGUGCCUGUGGGGAGAAGGAAGGGCUGUCUAAGUGCGUGGUUAUCUGGGCGUGAGUAUGGCAGUCACUGUGGUCAAGCAGGGAGUCCUCAGGGCUGGGGUCCCACACAAGAUCCUGCUUCCUACCUACUUCCCAUGGUUUUUUGGGCUCCCAUGAUAGUUACGAGAAUAAAUGCUUUGAGAACCAAAGAUCCUUCCCUCUUCUACUUAAUUCCCAAAGCACUUAGAGGAGUUCCCGUUGUGGCUCGGCA